AUGGGUGAGGGCGCGGAAGCUGAGACGGCGCCAGGGCAGCAGCAGGAAGAGGAAGAACCGCGUCAACGACCACAGCAGCAGCAGCAGCAGCAGCGAGAGAUUGAACAGGAGCCUGAAACCGAACAGCAGCAGGAAAAGGAGCCGAAGAAGAAGAGAAAGAGAAGAACGAUUGCCUGUCUUCAAUGCCGGACUCGAAAAGUGAGAUGCGAUCUUGAAUUCCCGUCCUGUGGACGCUGCGCAAAGGGACCAUGGCCGGAUGCCUGUGUCUACGAGAACGCCGGACCGCCUACCUGGAGCGCUACCAGCACUCUGCCAGCAUCGAGACCGCCAUCGAAAGAACAGACGAGGCCUCGUGCAGAUGCGGAUGGCCGUGAUGUCCGUGGCGACGCUUCAAGCUCGCAGCUCAGUGAAGAGCAGAGGAUACGGGAGCUUGAGCGAGUGGUGCUCAACUUUGCUCAAUCGCAGGCCUACGCAAAGCAAGGGAUGGUGAUGGGAAGGUUGCCAGCAAGAACGGCUGCGGACAGCGAGAUACAGCAUACUCCUUCGCCGCAUUCGACCCAGUAUUCUCGCGACGAGGCUACAUCCAUACCUACCACUGCUAGACUGGAUGUACCCAGCAGGUCACUACCCAGAGUCAAGGGGAACAAAACUCGCUUUUACGGACUGAGCAAUGUGUCAAGCCUGGUCGCCGAGUUUGGGGAUCUCCGUGCCUAUAGCAAAGAUCUAAAGAGCAGGUUUCCUGCUUUGGCCAAUAUCCAUAACCUGAAGGCUCUUAAGAAGGAUCAGGACCAGAUAAAGAAGCCUCUUAUGGGAGAGUCGGCACUUGAUGCCGUCUUCCUCAGUGGACUGCUCCCUGCCCGGUCUGUGACAUACAAUCUGGUCCAGUACUACUUUGCCUUCUCGAGCAGCACAUACCAUGUCCUGCAUAAGCAAACAUUCUGCGACCGCCUCCAGGAUCUCUAUCAGCAGCCCCAGCAGGCCUCUGCGUCAUUUGUCAUACAGCUGCUACUGGUCUUAUCAAUUGUAUGGAGUGUGGAUGCGCCGGAGUCUGUGACCCCUUCAAGCGACAAGGGAGCCACUGUCACUCGCAACAUGGCAAUGGAAUGGAUACACUGGGGCGAUGCCUGGCUUUUUCAUUCAGGAAUAAGGCGGCCAAACUUAAUCCUUCUACAGACCCGUUGCCUUCUAAUCCUUGCUAAGGAGGCUAACUAUACACAAAAGAACCAGGCCUGGGCUGCUACGGGAACUACUGUAAAACUGGCAAUGUCGGCAGGCUACCAUAGAGAACUGGGGCCCGACGCAAAAAUAUCCCAUUUUGACAGAGAGAUGCGACGGCGGAUCUGGUCUACCAUCAUGGAAUUGGACCUCAAUGCUUCCUUUGAUAGGGGGAUGCCACCCACUGUCCAAGCGCCGGACUAUGAUACCUUUCCUCCUAUAAACAUCAACGAUGAGGAUAUAUUAGAGUCUUCUACACAAUACCCGGAGCCAAAACACUGGCAGAUACCCACCGACUCUUCCUUUCAAGUCACACUGGCUAGGUCAGUUGACUUACGAUUACGCAUUUGCGCCCUUGUUAAUGCACCUCGAAUUACAAUUUCUGCAGGUCAGCUGUCGGAACUAGACGAUGAGUUGACACGGCAUCUCGCGGAGGUCCCUAGGACCUGGGAGAAUUUUGAAUCUACAGACCUGCGACAGCGGCAGCGAGUGAUGCUCUGGAGAGCACUGAUAGAUACGCAGCUAAGACGCAGCCAGCUAUGCUUGCAUUCAUGUUGUGCCUUGAGUGAUCUGCCCCCGUCCGUAUCGAACUACUCCUGGAGAGCUAGACUUGAGGUCGCGAUGGAAAUGCUCUGCCAGCAGCAUCAGGUGGUAGAACAGCUAGGCCGACUGGCGUGGCCUCUGCUUACAGACAUUACCUUCCAAGCCGCGCUCACUUUGUGCCAUUAUAUGUAUAAGUCUGACCGUGGUUUCGCUUCAUAUCUUAUCCAAGCGAAGUUACCAGCAAUGACGGAGUGUCUUAUAGCCUUGGUCGAGAAGACGCUCCCUCACUUAGAAAGCAAGUAUCUCAUUUUGGAGAAGGGGAUGAGAGAAUAUUGUUAUUUCUGCUUCAUUAUCUCGAUGGUGAAGGCGAAGCGUUGGCCAGAAUCGGCUCUUUUACACCAAAGGCUCGCAGUUGACCGCAUUAGCAGUAUGUGUUAUAGCAUCUUAUCCCGGAGCAAUGGUAGUAGAGACCAGGACGGCGAUGCCAUAAAGAUGGCCGCUAUCACAGAUACUUCCGGGAGUACGGCAACCAUGCCUAUACCAGCAUCUUCUUUGCAUGGCGGCCAAUUAUCUUCAAACUCCAGUGACAUAGCAGAUUUUGGGGUCUUUGGGGAAUGGGAUUUCCUUUUCGGUGACUUCACCACAGAUUUCUCUGGAUUUGGAGAGAUAUAG